UUUCUUACUGAUGCUUCCGAACAUCCCACAUCCUCCAUGGAAGAAGAUCAGUCCUCUCCGUUUGCUUGCAGAUGGCACUCUUGGAAGGCCAGUCAUCUAGUGACAAUUGAAGUUGCCUCAAGAUCACACUGGAACUCUCGCUGAUCCUGAACGCAGGUUGUAACUGAUGCAUUUCCUUCUAGGGACAACAUUGCCCUUCCUAUUAAAUGACGGUCCUGAUGUCCCAGAGACAUCUUCAUAUUCUGGGAAAACACUGCCACAGAAGAGAAUGAGGAAAUUGUGUUCCUUGUACGACGAGGCAGUGACGGUCAUCUGGCCUGUUUCGUGUGGGGUAACCGGGCACUUACAGACUGUCUUCCAGUUAACAAGGAAACCGUCUUACCUGCAUGUGGCAAUCCCAAAGGACACCGAUCAAGACACCGGGGAGCAACGUGGUUUUCCGCACUGUUUUAUUCCCGCCCCACUUUUUUUAGGGGGGGGCGAAGGAUUUUUCCAGGCCGCGAAUCUCCUGCCCCCAAGUUUUGGAAGGGGGCUGAAGACUCGGCACCCGCCCGGGGGUGCAUGAAGGGUGUCGCUCCUCCUCCCCCGUUAAUCUGGCAGGAACGAGAGGAUGAGCUGGAAGCGGCUGGGCGCUCUGCUGCUUUUCCCCCUGCAGCUGCUCUGCCUGGUGGCGAAGGCCGCCGCGUGCCUGGUGCUGCCGCCGCGGCUGCGGGACCUGUCGGCGGAGACCGUCCUCAUCACCGGCGGCGGCCGCGGCAUCGGCCGCCACCUGGCCCGGGAGUUCGCCCGCCGCGGGGCCAGGAAGAUCAUCCUGUGGGGUCGAACUGAGAAAUGCCUGAAGGAGACCACAGAGGAAAUCAAGAUGAUGGGGACAGAGUGCCAUUAUUUCAUUUGUGAUGUAGGAAACCGAGAGGAGGUCUAUCAGCAAGCCAAAGCUGUGCGGGAAAAGGUGGGUGAUAUCACUAUCCUAGUGAACAAUGCUGCUGUGGUCCAUGGUAGGACCCUGAUGGACAGCGAUGAUGAUGCACUGCUUAAAUCACAACAUAUAAACACCCUGGGACAGUUCUGGACCACCAAAGCAUUCCUGCCAAGGAUGCUGGAGUUGCAGAAUGGACACAUUGUUUGCUUGAACUCUGUCCUGGCCUUGUCAGCCAUCCCUGGUGCCAUUGACUAUUGCACCUCCAAAGCCUCUUCCUUUGCCUUUAUGGAGAGCCUGACCUUGGGGUUGCUGGACUGUCCUGGAGUGAAUGCCACAACAGUCCUGCCCUUCCACACAAGCACAGAGAUGUUUCAGGGCAUGAGAAUCAGGUUCCCUAAUCUUUUUCCUCCUCUCAAGCCAGAGACUGUGGCUAGGAGGACAGUGGAAGCUGUUCAGACGAACCAAGCCUUCCUCCUCCUUCCAUGGACAAUGCGUGUUCUCGUCAUCCUAAAAAGCAUUCUCCCUCAGUCAGCACUUGAAGAAAUCCACAAGUUUUCUGGAAGCUACACCUGCAUGAACACUUUUAAAGGACGAACAUAGACUUGAUGGUGCAAAGACUAUUCCUCAGCGAAACCAACACAAGCAUGAGAAUCCUGUCAAGACUGUGAAUCAGCCGUCUUGGCUCUUAGCCUGUUCAUGUGACUUGUGCUGCUCUAAGGCAACACAUUUCUUGCAGGUCAUAACCAUAGUAACAUGACCUUUGCACAGGACCGAAUGACUAGACUAUGGACCCUUGGAAAGAAAAACAAAAAGUGUGAAAUGUUUAUAUGAUGUUUAAUUCUUUAGAGUCCGUUGUUAAAUCUACUCACAGUUUUAAGAUGUAAUUUUUGUUUAUAAAAUAUGUAUAGGCUGUUUCAGCUGAGAGCAGCAUAUCACAUCCCGGACUUUACCCAUCUCUUCAGAGGAUCCGCAAUUACAAACUGAUACUGAUUUCAUUCCCGCUUUUUGAAUGGGAAGAGUUACUUUGAAGAACUACAAAUUAUGGAUGUUUAGUGGAAGCUUCCUUCACUGACUGGUCGUGCUUUACCUCCGCUGAUGAAGCUGUUCCCAACUCAUGUCAUAGGGAAGGAGCAAACUGCUGUUUUCUUUAAUAAAGGCCACCCAGGCCUUCUGUGGGGAAGGAUGGUGCCGGGCCCCAGAGAGCUGACAGCACCUGCGAAGGCUGGACGGGGAUGCUCAGUCAAAGAGCAGGCAGUUUGAAUUGUGGAAGAUUCCUUCUGGCACUGAACUCAUAUAUGAAAUUUAAUUGUCUUUCCAAAUAUUUUUGUUCAUUUACGAUGAAAUAUAUAUAUAUAUUUUAGCAUUACUCUCUAGAUUGCCACACAUGUAGGCAUCAGAUUGGGGAUGAACUAAAUCUAGAGCCUGCUUUUACAAACACACAUUCACUGACAUAAUUCAUACAGAAGAAAAUCCAUUGUAUCAAUCCGCACAGUGAAAUAAGUGGAAUAAUGCUCUAAAAAUAGAAGAGACAGCACUCUAGCGUGCAUGAAAUGUGAAGUUUGCAAGCACAGUUAGCAACGACCUGAUUAAAUGCACGUUGAAUUCAGCUGGGAAUAUACCCGUUGUUUUUUAGGGGCAUCAAAUCAGGCACUGAUCAGCCAAAAGUGAUAAAUACUGCUUGGACUGAAAUGCCAGAAGCAGCUAGACAUUAUUUAUUUUUGUAAUGAUAUACUCUCUUUGACAGCCUAGUAGGAGCAACACUGCAUUCCUGUGCCAGAUGCAGUGUGCAGCACAAGGCAUAGCAAUGUAAUUGAAACAUUACUGGAACACUACUAAAAGAGGAAUUAAUAUAAUUGCAAUGCAGGCAAGUAGCAAGUCUGAUGGGAGAACACCCCAAUGAAGUGUCUCAAGGAAAGCCACCUGCUUAAAGUAAAGGAGUGAAGUUAGAGUUCCUGACUUGAAUUUCGAGCUUUUACAUAGAUGUCCUGUGUGACCUUGGGCAAGUCACCUAAUCUCAAAGUGCACCCUGGCCUGCAAAGCAGAUAUUUCUAGUGUUUCCCUACCUCAAAAGUUCAAAGUCUAGCUACCUUAAUGUUUGUCAAAUGAUCAACAAAUUCAAAUGGAACAUGACAUAGAAAGUAAAAACUGUAUUUGUUUACAAACCAAAAGGCUUUAUGAAAAAAAUAAGAGACAAAAUUCCAUAUUCUAAAAUAUACCAUUUCCUAGAAGAGCUCUGAGUUCUAGGAGAAAAGCUGUGAGCUACAUUUGAGAUACUUCUUUGGUUCUGCCAUAUAGAAUGGGGACCAACUACUUAGAUGCAAUGAUGUGCAUGUUAAAAUCUGAAGGUCUGAUCCUUGCUGCAGAUCAGCAGAUAACUCUUUUUAGACAGUUCACGAAGCAGAUACCGCAAAGGGUGUUACUGAUGCAAGCCCUCUGCCUGCAUGCAUAUUUUGAGGAGCUCUCCUAUCUGGGUCAGUGUUUUCCCUCUGAGUGCAGAACAUAUAAGCUUCAGUACUGUGCCAGCUUUGAAAAGGUUUCUUACAGUGGAGUUUUGUUUUGAAUUCCUAGAUGUCUGAGACUCUCUGGAGAGGAUGAAAAGAAACUUUGAUCUCUGUGAUUUUGACACCCACCGUAAUAGAUGCUUUCAGCUUUA